UUUAGAAGCUCAUUCUGAUACGCUACACACUGGACAAUCAGUUAGCACUGAAAAUAUGAAAAUUCCGGAACGAGCAAAUAAGUCAAAAAGGGAAGCUAUCCGGAGCGCUAAAUUUUUAACAGCUCGAUCAGCAGAGGAUGAACGGAAACGAUCAAAUGAAUCCGUUUUUUUUCUAAAAAAAAAGAAACCACUACCGAAUAAAGUGAUAGAUUCAGAACCAAAAAUUCAGCAAAUUUAUUACCGUUCAUCCAGUCGUCCUAUGAUGAAGAAAGCUCGUUCAUCUACCCAAUUUCGUCCCAUUUAUUCAUCACCAGUAUAUCCCAUAACACCACAAUAUUCAUCAAAACAAAAGACGAAGCACAAAUUUGUUCAUGGUAGUUCUGAAAAGGGAAAUAUACUUACUGCAGGACUUCCCGAAGGAUCUUCCAGUUCCACUUACAUACGUAAAAGCGAUUCUUCAAUGGACGAAAGGAAGUACGUGUAG